GCCCUGAAAGCCAUCCAGUGGGACGUUUGCGGGGCCAUCGCCUACGAGGACUUCUGGCUAGAGAGCUGCCUGCGCCGUGCUGGGGCAUCUGCCAUUCCCGCCUGGCCCAAGCUCCUCCAUGAAAAGGGCUGCCGGCCCAGACUCUCGGGCCCCUGCGGCUCCUCCAGCGUGGCCUUCCAUCCAAAGAAGUCUCCUUCCGAGUGGUGGAGCUGCCUGGCCGAGGCGGAGGCGUUUCCGAUCCCAGGAUGGGUCGAUCAUACCAACAUCAACUGCGUCCCAGGCCAGGGCGCACAGGCGCUGUCCGGCCAGCCGGAGCCGUUCCACAGUUCAAUGCAUCCGCUGGAUUGCCUGAAGGCUUGUGAAGAUAUCCCUGAUUGCCAGGCUGUGGUCGUCCUCGAAAGUUAUGACCCAAGCCCUUGCUUCCUGCGCACACAGGUCGACCUCGGCAGUUGCUUCCCAGCACCUGGCUUCAGCCUCUGGGCCAAGCCAGGAACCGUGACCACGAUCACCACCACCACCACCACCAUCACCACCACCACAACUACCACGCUUCCCACAACCACAGCAACUACAUCCGUCCAAGCGAGCACGACGACAAAGACCCAGGACGCAAGAAACACCACCAUGAACCGCACGGCCCCAAAUGCCACACCAGCAAGAAGCAUCAGGAAGCCAGCGAAAGGCCCAGAGGCCAGAAAUGCCACUGUGAACAGCACAGAGCCAACCGCCACACGGGCAAAAAUCAAUGGGAAGCGGGCCAUUGGCCAGGAGACCAGAAACGCGACUCUGAACCACACCAUAGCAAAUACCACCGUGUCAACAAGCCCAGGGAAGCCGGCCAAAGCUCCGAACACCACAGAACACACAAGAAGAGCCACAACAACACCCACUCUGGCAGCGACCGUCACCACUGCCCUCGCCAACCACUCGAAGCCGGCGACAGUCUCGGAGACCACUACGGUCACCACGCAGACAAGCACUACCUUGGAGACAACGACCAUUACCACCAGCCCGGCGGCCGAUCCUUUGCCCGAGCUGCCCGCG